CAGCUCGUUCGCCAGUUCCGGUCACGUUGCUGGGUGUUUACGCCUCGAGCCCGCCCCGGCCCCCUUCGGCGCCCCCGAACCCCCGGAGCCCCUGCCCGACUGCCCCGCAGCCUCCCAGCAGCUGAUGGCGCCGCAGCCAGGGCGGGCGCUGCGGAACCCCGGGCGCAGCUAGCGCGGGGGAAAAGAGCGCCGCCCCCACCCAGCCCGGCCCCGACCCCGGGCCCCGCCGGCCGGUGGCUCCCAGGUCCCGAAGGUGGGGCCAGGCCUGGGCUGCCAUGGAUACCGUGUCCCUGCAGCAUCAGAUCCAGAGCGUGCAACGCCACAUCAGCUUCCUGAAAAAGGAGCAGAUGGCCCUGCUGCGAGACCUGCACCUGGAGAUCCUGAGGCUGCAGAAACGCUGCUCAGAACUGACGCAUGACCUGGAAAUGAGAGAGGUCCAAUCUCACCAGCAAGAGGCGGCAUCCCGGGAGUUGGAGAGCAAGUGCCGCGCCCUGGAGUCGCAGCUGGAGGCGCGGGCCGCGGCCAACGCGGAGCUGCGGCGGGAGGUGGCGCAGCGCGAGGCGCUGGUGUCCGCGCUGCGCUGCAGCCUCCGCACCGAGGAACGCCGCUUCCUGGAGGAGCUGCGCCGCCGCAGCCACCGCGCCACCGUGCUGGGCACCGAGCUGCAGAAGCACACCGAGGCGGCCGCCUACCUCUCCUGCCAGCUACACGCGGCGCGCCAGAGAUUGCAGGCCCCGCGCCCGGGCCCCGGCGGCGCCGCUGCCGCCGAACCCCGGCCUCGCCGCCGCGCACCGCGGGCCCGCCGCCCGCCCGCCGCCCACGAGGCCGCCGCCAAGGGCCCCGGCCGGGACUGGGCCGCCUGGGACCGCGGGGCCUGCGCCCUGGACGACGCCGAACCCAUGCCCGACCCCGCGCUCUUCCUCUACGCCCGGAGGCCGCUGCGGCCCACCGGUCGCAGCCCGCGCCAGCCGCCUCCCCAGGAGCCCCCGGACCGAGCCGGCCCGCAGCAUCCAGCGCCUUGCGCGCCCGGGGACCCGGAGUAGGCCCGGGGUGACGCGGGGCGCACGGGGAGGGUCGGCCAGGGACGCAGCUCGGGCCGCGCAGAUAGGUCCCGGGGGCCGAGGGCGGCCGUCCCUCCUCCAGGAAGCGAGUCGCGGCGGCCCCGGCUCCCCCACCCCUAGAACCGCCAGCCUUUUGUACUUCCCGACGUUUCCAAAGCUUCCAGCGCUCUCCUCCCGCGAGAUGCCUCCGCGGGGCCGAGCGGCGGCACCUUCUUUCCGGGGAGGCCUAGCUGUCCGGAUCCUGACCCGGUCCCGCCCGCCAGCGAGACGGGAGGGACGGGGGCCACGCCCGACCCCGGGAAAGCCGACACUCCGUGGUGGGGUGGGAGGGCCGAGCUGGCCUGCGAGAGGCACGCAGAGUGACAGCGGUACCCCCGGCCUCCCCACCCACGCGCCGACGCCCUUCCCGCCCAGCCUCUUUCCUCUCAGGAGAGGCUCGGGCUCGGGGCUGUACUUUUACCCCCACCCCGAACCUGCCGACAGGUCCUUGCAGGGGAGCACGGAACACUUUAGAAGAUGCGUCUUCCCAGAGCCCCUGGUGGGGAAGAUGCGCCUGCUGGAAGUUGAACUUCUGGAAGGUCGCAUCCGCGGGCCCUGGGAGAGGAUUACAGAAGCGGCCAAGUGGCCGGACUUGGUCUAGAGCCGUCUCCAGCGCAGCUCUUCCCGAGUCCGCCACGCUGGGUACGCGGGGACUGGGAGCUGCGCUGGGGAAGGGAGGUGAUGGAAAGGCAAGCUCCGGGCCAGGCUUCCGGAAGGCAGGAACUGUCUUCCCCUCAGGGGGUAGCCCCAGGUUUUCCUAGUCCUGUUUAUUGGUGCUAAUUUUGCUCGGCUUCCUAAUCAGCUGGCUGCACCCAGAGGCAAGAAGAAGGAAGGCCUUGGCCGGCACGGUGGCUCACGCCUAUAAUCCCAGCACCUUGGGAGGCUGAGACGGGCGGAUCCCUGGAGGUC